AUGGCGUCUUCGCUGCCGCAUCCGCCCUCGGCGAACGUCGCCUUGUCCUUCACGUCUGCGCCGGCGGACCCAAUGUCUCGCGCCGAGGCCAAGGGCGCAAACAUCCGCCUGGAGCUGCAAAGCAUUGAAAGAGAGUUGAAGGAUUGGUGGAUGAGCCGAAAGAUCCUCAGAGACCGAAACAUCGGUUUGUUCAACCUCCUGCAACACCACAACUUUGUCGGUCUCUCCAUCAACAACGCCAAAAUGUCCGACAGCCAGCGCGUCAUGUGGACGGAACUCGUUCAAGGCAAGCCGGACCUGGAAGACAGCUUGAGUGUUGAUGCCCGCGAAAUGAAGGUGGACAUGUACGAGAAGAUGUUCAAACAGGCGGCGGACUUGGAGAACCCUUGCCGCAUUCCUGGCGCGACGGUCGUCGUGCCUCAACGCGUUUAG